AUGCUGAAGAUGCUGCUAACAUAUGUUUUAAUUAUAUGGUAUGUUCAAGCAAUACCAGAAUAUGAAAUGAAUAUGUACAAUACUGAUCGACAUCAAAACGGAUAUUGUCUUUUAUAUUAUGUACCGGACUUUAUUUUCAAAGGUCUUUUUUAUGUUCUUCCGUAUAAACAUGCACAUAAAAUAAUUCCAUAUUGUCUUCGACCAUUAGAAGAUGAUAUUCUCCUCGUCGAUGAUAAAUUUUCUAAUUCUAAUCAUUUUAACUAUACUUUCGGUGAAUUACGAAAUCAAAAUAUAAGUAGUCUGAUGUUAUUAUCUUGGUCAGCUCCUAUCGAACUGGUUGAAUACUAUCAAAUGUUUCUGGAAAAUGUUUCGCAGUCAUCGUUGUGCGAAAAAGAAAUGUUAUUCUACAACUGUACAUCAAAUUGGUUUGGGCCCUUCUGUCGCUUUAGAUUCGAUUUGACACCUGGUCAAUCACUGGACCAGAUUAUAUAUUUCUACUUUAGAAAUAGACCCUUUGUUACAACUGAUACAAAGAUAACAUAUUAUAAAGAUCAUAAUUGUAUGUCAGUUUCGUCGUAUUUAGACUGGCGCGACAUUUGUAAUAAGAAAAUGGAUUGUCUCGAUGGAUCUGAUGAAUCGAAUUGUUGGCAACUUGAAAUAAAUGAAUGUGCUUCGAAUGAAUAUCGAUGUUACAAUGGUCAAUGCAUUCCAGAAGAUUUCGCCUUUGAUGAUGAAAUGAAUCCAGAUUGUCAAGAUGGAACAGACGAAAUUUAUCAUGCGUUUCAGUACAGUUUUUGCUAUAACGAUCCUACUUUUCGAUGUAAAGAGUCUACAUGCGAUCCGAGCGAAAGUAUUCUUUUUAGUCUCAGUUACCGGUGUCGAUGGGAGACAGAAUCUUGGUUCCCAGCUGUCCGUAACGAAUCAUUGAUUACUGAUAAUUGUGCAAAAAUUUUGGGUUGUUUAAUUGGAAUCAGUUCGUGUAAAAAUGUUUGUUUAGAAAGCAGUUGCAUGCGAAAAGAAUGUCCAUCUAUAUAUGAAUUUCCUCCUGGCCCUAUUCUCUUUGGACAUGUACGCUUUCUGUUCAAUACAAGCGAUCUACACAAGAACUCCGGAGACUCUCUUUUACCAACCUAUAUAUGCUACGAUGAAACACUUUGCCGUGAUUUUCUUCCAGCUACAAUUUAUUUAAACGAUUCAGCUUGUCGUCGUUUUCAUGAGUUUGGUUUCGAAGCAGAGAGCGCGAUUGUUUUUGCAGCACGUCUGAAUAUUGUCGAAGAAAAAUUUCGCAGGUGUCUAGUGAUACCGAACGCGACUUAUUUUUGCAAUCAUCCAACCCUAUACCAAUGUUUGAAUUCAACAAAAUGUAUCUCAAAACAUCGUCUAGUUGAUGGCAUACGAGACUGUCCAUUCGAUGAUGAUGAAACAUUCAAUGAGAGUUGUUUAUUUCUCGAUGCUCACAAUCGUUUUAAAUGCUCAAUAAAUGAUACAAUAACAUGUCGAGCACCAAUGAAUCUUGGAAGUUCCUCGGCAUUUUGUCAAUAUGUUAUUCUCGACACUUCCAGUUCACGUAUUGUGCGCACUAUUCCACUCCUAGUAGAACAUCUUGUAAGUAAGAUUUAA